AAAAAAUCUAUUAUCUAAUCAUACGGUUGAGAUCGAAGCAACACAUCUUCGAUUAAAAGUUUCUAUUUUAAAGUCCAUUUCUGUAAUUCCCCUUUCCUUGCUCUGCUACAUUUCCCCUUCUCUCUCUCUCUCUCUCUCCUUCCUCCCCGAUCGGAGAGGAAGCCGGAAAAGCAUUAGCAGAGCCGCUGUUAUAGUGAUUGGGUAGGUAUCUGUCAACUCUUAUACGAUUCUUUCGCAGCUGUCGUGGAGUUUGAUCAAAUUCAGCUCUGCUUCGUUCCAGUUGAGGUUGGUCUUUGUCUUUCUCUAUCUCAGUCAACCACAUAUCGGAGUAGAGGAGGUUAGUGAGAGGAACCGGAGUCGUCGGCGGUGUUAUAGUUGGUGGUGAUGGCGCCGAGCACGAUCAGGUGGGCGAUCGGAGCAGUUAAGGAUCAGACAAGUAUUGGAAUAGCGAAAGUUGCUAGUAGUACGGCACCGGAAUUGGAGGUUGCAAUUGUGAAGGCCACAAGCCACGAUGAUGAUCCGGCUGAUGAGAAGUAUAUCAUGGAGAUCUUGAAACUUACUUCCUAUUCGUCAGGUUAUGUGAACGCAUGUGUUUCUAUGGUGUCGAAACGACUCGGUAAGACUCGGGAUUGGAUCGUGGCACUCAAGGCACUGAUUCUUGUUCAUCGGUUGUUAGCCGAUGGAGAUCCUGUGUUUCAGCGGGAGAUACUUUACGCUACCAGGCGAGGGACUCGUCUUCUUAAUAUGUCUGAUUUUCGCGAUGAGGCUCAUUCUCAUUCAUGGGAUUUCUCUGCUUUUGUUCGGACUUAUUCUCUGUAUCUCGAUCAGCGUCUCGAGUGUAUAAUGUAUGAGCGGAAACAGAGAGGAAGCGGUGGAGAAGAUGAUCGGAUUGGGCAACGAGAGGAUCGAUUUAGGUCUCCAACGUCACGGUAUGAUUAUGAUUACGGAGAGUUCAGAGAUGAACCGAGCUAUGGUCGUGGUGGUGGUAGUGGUAGUGGUAGCGGUAGUGGUGGUGGUGGCUAUGGGAUGCGUCGGUCGAGGUCUGACGGUGAUGUGAACGAAUCGAGACGGGAGGAAAAGAGGCCACAAACUCCACUCAGGGACAUGAAGCCCGAGAGGGUUUUGGGUAAGAUGAUUCAGCUGCAACGACUUUUUGAUCGGUUCUUGGCUUGUCGUCCUACGGGCUUGGCUAAGAACAAUAGGAUGGUGCUUAUUGCUCUAUACCCCAUUGUAAAGGAGAGUUUCCAGGUCUAUGUAGAGAUCUGUGAGAUAUUGGCUGUGUUGCUUGAUAAGUUCUUUGAUAUGGAAUACCCUGAUUGUGUGAAAUCAUUUGAGGCCUAUGCCAGUGCCGCGAAGCAGAUUGAUGAGCUUUUAGAUUUCUAUGGGUGGUGCAAGGACACAGGGGUUGGUAGGUCGUCGGAGUUCCCAGAGGUGCAGAAGAUUACAGACAAGCUUUUGGAGACAUUGGAGGAAUUUAUGAGGGACAGGGCAAGGAGGCCCAAGAGCCCGGAAAGGGUCCGGGAGGAGACACCGCCAAGUGCUCAAGAGGAGGCCGCACCGAGUAUGAAUGAAAUAUUAGCACUCCCUCCACCAGAGAAUUACACUCCACCACCACCGCCGCCACCACCUGAGCCUGAGCCGGAACCACAAGCACCACAACCGGCACCGGUCACACAAGAUUUGGUGGACCUAAGGGAUGACGGUGUGUCUCCCGAAGAUCAGAGCAACAGAUUGGCUCUGGCUCUGUUUUCUGGACCGGUUAAUGGCAAUACAAAUGGGUCUUGGGAAGCAUUCCCAUCAAAUGGGGAUGAAGUGACCUCUGCGUGGCAGACACCGGCGGCUGAACCUGGAAAGGCGGAUUGGGAAUUGGCUUUGGUGGAGACGGCAAGCAACCUAUCAAAACAGAAAGCCACAUUGGGAGGUGGGUUCGAUCGUUUGCUAUUAAACGGCAUGUAUGAUCAAGGGGCAGUGAGGCAGCAUGUGAGCGUUGCCCAAUUGACCGGUGGGAGUGCGAGCAGUGUUGCAUUGCCUGGGCCUGGGAAGAGUGCAACACCGGUAUUGGCACUUCCAGCUCCAGACGGGACAGUCCAAACAGUGGGUCAAGACCCAUUCGCGGCAUCACUGAACUUCCCACCCCCAUCAUUCGUGCAGAUGUCAGACAUGGAGAAGAAACAGCAUUUGCUAAUGCAGGAGCAACAGCUUUGGCAGCAAUAUGCGAGGGAUGGGAUGCAAGGCCAAGUCAGCUUGGCCAAGAUUAGUGGUACUGGCUAUGUUGCUGGUCCAGUACCCAUGAUGCCAUAUGGAAUGCCACCGGCGGUCAAUGGUUUGGUUCCCGGCGGGUACUACUAUACACCCUACUGAGAUUGAGAUUUGCUCCCUAUGUAUGAAUUGAUGUGGCAACUCUUUUUGCAUUUUCUUUUUCCUGUUCCUUUCAAUUUAAAUAUGUUUAUUUGUGUAAUUAAUUGUGUGGUGGGAAGGGAGGGAAGACGGGAAAGAAACUAUGUUCAUCUUACCUGGGAUUUUGUUACAGGGGUUGAAUUUGUUGUAUCGAUCAGAAACUUGUUAUUUGUGUUUUUUGAGAUAA